CCUAAACUCUCUCGCGUAGAAGAGUCCGCUUUACAUUUCAUUAAGUUCAUCAUUUCAUUUUCUCUUCAAAAUGGCAACAAAGGAGAAGGAUUUGGUCCAUCAGAAUGCAAUUCACGUUGAGAUGAUCAGGAAAGAGCAAAGACAGCAAAGACUUCACACGGAGUUUAGCAUCAACCCACACAGGAGAUUGCACAUCAUACCAGACAAACCCAUGUCCAGGAAACCAAAAGAAGUGAUUUCAGAGAACUCGGACUUCAUUGAGGCCUUCCACAAAGCCCGCCAAGAGCCCACUAAGAAAUAUUCAAUGCCACUGACUGAGAGUCAGGAGAUUGGAUGGGUGUCCAAACCCCUGAUUCCAACCAAUCGCAAUGACGACAGAUUGAAUUUCUACCGCCGGAGCUCAGACAUCAGCAAGCACCAAGAGUCUAUCCUGCGCUCUUCAAAAUAACCUUUAGACAAGCGUCCGGAGAUGGAAAUACAUUUUGUUGGAAUAUAUUCUGUAUUGCUUGACUUUCAUUUCUUACUGAAAACAUCACUUUCUGCUCAUACUGUCAAAUUGAGGUCACCUGACCAAUGUUACGCGUGUAAUCUGUCAAUAUGUAAAAACUACAAUGUGCGUUUCAUAAUCAUGCUGCAAGAUUUUAAACUACAUGAUUCAAGGGAAGCUGCACUUUUUUAGGGGGAAUUUUGCCUAUCGUUCACAAUCCUAAUGAGAAACAAGAAGAAAAAAGUUGGGGUUUUUUUGCAUUCUAAAGUGUAAAAAUCGGCUUGUUCCAGGUGGCUAGCAAAGCAGCUAAUGGGGACUUUAAAAAUGCAUCCAAAACCACCAACAAUACAUUAUUUACAUUCCAUAAUCUGUAUAAUAACCAAACUGUAACGACAUUGUUUUUGUAAGAGCAAACGAACACUGAGGAACUGUUUAUCUAACGUAGUGACACAUCGUCUUGCGGAGGCAUGCUAUGGCAUUGGCCGUAUAGCUAUGGCAAAAGGUAAGCUAUAGCUUUUGCUUCAGCAGCUGAAUCGCUUUUGAGUUUGUAAUGUCCAACACGCAAUAGGACACCAAUAUGUACUGACUGGAAAACAUGAACUAUCAUAUUACAGUAUCUGUAAAAUAUGAGCCCACAUGUCAUGUUUUGCUUGUACAGUUAGCUCGAUGUGUGUAGUUGUAAUAACAAGCAUAACGUGCUGACUGUAUCAUGAUCUAUAUUAAAAACACUCACUCGAUCUGUCUGUUCCAGCUGGUUGGGGAAGUUUUAUCAAUUUGGUUUUGGGUAAGCACUCCAUUAAUGUCAGCAUAGCUUGGCUCCAAGUUCCACAUUUACACAGUCAAGUCACACCGACCUCUCGCUCUCGGCUUACGUCUGCUCCAACGUUUCACCCUGUGUUCGUGCUCAGUUCAAGAAGCAGAAGUUUGACUUCUGUAUAUUUAGGUUCAGAAAGAUAAGGUUGUGAAUCCUCAUUUGUCCAAAAAUAGUCCUCUUUGUUGUCUAUUACCAAGUCUGCCAUUAUUAACAAAACAUUUGCAUUAGUUUCCGGAAGUAGGAACACAUAUA